AAGAAAUCUGACCACCCAUUUGGCGCAUCAACCCCUCACAAACCUUUAAGUUUUAAUAAGUUUCAGCCUGACACUUCUAUAAUUUCAGCUACUGAGUGAUACAGUUUCAAGUUGUUUGGUUUGGUUUCAACUUGUUUGAUUCUCAUUGGCACUUAUGCAACUUGACGCGUUGCAGAGACAGAGACAGAGACAGGCAGGAGAAGAGGAAACACAGAGAAAACACAGCUGCUCAAAGUCUCAAAAGGAUAAGAGGUUGACCUGCUCACAACAAUACCAGCAAGACCCUAGAGUGGAGUACAACUGCAUGAUCUGCAACUGUCCAGGCACUUCUCCUCAUAAACUGCGCAAAACGUAAGUGAUCUGCAAUCUUUUAGACUACAAAGUUGUAAAAGCUUUUAAGGAUUUAAAAUUAAGUGUAAAUUUGAGGGACACCAUGGCAGUAGCUACUCCAUACCUUCAAGAAGAAGAGUGGAUUGAAUGUGGUCCUCUUGAUUCUGAAACAAAAUCGAAGAAUGAAGCUGAACUCCAAUAUGUUGGGAAUGAGUAUGUAGAUUCAGAUGAACAAGAAAAUGGGAACGAAAAGUCAAGGAGAAAUGAAAAUGGUGUCUCUGAAGCCUUGCCCACCCAGGACAGGUGUGAAGAAGAUGGAAGUGAGAAGUUGGCUGAUGGUGAAGAGACAGACACAGAACGUGGAGCACAUCAGGUGGAGCUUCAAGAGUAUCUUCAAGACGAAGACCUCACUGAUAAUGAGGCAGCUCAAUGCUCAAUGGAUGAAGAUGAGGAUAAUGAUGAUGAGGAGAAGAUUUACUGCAAAGACGAUUACCCCACCAACAUAUUCCUGACCUUAAAUGCAUUCAGGAGUUCCUCCCUUCUCACUGACGUUGUUCUGAACACAGAAGAUGGGAAGAGCUUUGGCGUGCACUCUGUAGUCCUGGCUGUUGUCAGCUCGUACAUCUGGAAAAAUCUGGGCAGAAGCAGAGUAGAGAACAGUCAAACCCAUGAUGGAUGUCCUGGGUGGUCAGUGUCGCUUAGUCCAGAGGUGAAUCAUGUUGGGUUGGAGGCGAUUAUAGAGUUUGCCUACACCGGUAACAUCUUAGGCUUGAACAAUAAUAACGUGGAGCAAAUAAGGGUUGCAGCUGAAACAUUAGGUGCACCACGGGUUUUGGGACUUUGUGCCAAGUUAGAAGAGUCGCCCACAAAAACUGCUGGACUCAAGAACAAGGAAAGCAUCUCCGCUGCACAACAAAUGAUGAUCAGUCUUCAGUCCAUCAAACAACUCUGGGUGGAGAGAGUGGGCUGUGAUGUGAUUCUGGAGGCUUUUGGUGGAUCUCUUCAUGUCCACAGAGUUAUCCUCGCUGUCAGCAGUGACUACUUCCGUGGGAUGUUUACCCUGGGCAUGAAGGAGUCCCGCCAGCCUCAUGUGAACCUUCCCUUCCUGUCUGCUUCAGAACUGGAAGUUCUAGUUGGUAGUUCUUACAGCGGGGCUCUUCCCGUCAGUUGGGCAAGUGUCUUUGAAAUCACCAGCACUGCUCUCCAGCUCCAAUACCAGCCUGGCCUAUCCUUGUGCCUAAACUUCCUCCAACAAGAAAUGAAUCCUCACACCUGCCUGGAUGUGGUAUCGUUUGCGAAGGCCUAUGAAAUACCACAUCUCCUUGAAGUUGCAGAGGAUUUUGUCGUGCGGCAAUUCCAAAAGGUGUCGUGCACCUCUAAGUUCAAGGAUCUGCCAGCCAAACAACUCUUCAAGUACCUGAAUAGUCACUCACUUUGUGUUUCAUCUGAGAUUAUAGUGUUUAAAGCAGUGGUGGCAUGGAUCCAAGCAAAGCCCAACACAAGGCUUAGACUUGCUAAAGAGCUAAUGAAAAUGGUCCACUUUCCCCUGAUGACAUUCAAGGAAUUCAAGGAGGUCCAGUCUGAGAACAUGUGGACUAAUCACAGGCUGUCAAAGGUGUAUGACGCAGUCUUCGAGGAAUUCUGCUCCAGUGAGACUGAACUUGAAAACCAGUAUCGCAUUUAUCUGCCAAAAGAGAGUCUGGUCUUGAUUGGAGGCGACCGGAUCUCUGAAGACCUAGGUACCCGCAGCAUCAGCAGGGAUCUCUGGUUUGGGAAUUCUUGGAGGAACCAUACUGGGAUAAAAAAGGCCAUGGAGUGGAGAAGACUGGCAGAAAUGCCAGAGCCAGCAAGAUUUUGCCAUGAAGUGGCUGUACUUGGUGGGCAACUGUAUGUUUUUGGAGGCAAGAAGUAUUAUGGCAUAUAUGACACCUUGGACUCUGUUUAUAGGUAUGAUCCACUUCAAAACAGCUGGGAGAGCCUGAGUGAUAUGCAGGAAAAGAGAUGCUAUUUCUCUGUGGUUGUUCUGGAUGGAAAGAUAUAUGCAAUUGGUGGAUACUGCGAGAAUGACCAUAUGGAUAGUGUUGAAUGCUAUUGUCCCACCACAAACUCUUGGAGCUUUACUUGGCCGUUGAAGCUACCUUUGAGUGGGCACGUUGCAAAGGUUUUCCAAGGUCAGAUCUUUGUCUCAGGAGGGAGAAACAGUGACUACGUGUGUCUUCCAAGCACAUUUGUGUACCAUCCAGAGACAGGAAGCACUUAUAUGGCCAACAUGAAUGAACCUCGAGCUCAACACUGCAUGGAGACCCUGGGUGAAAAUCUUUAUGUGGCCGGUGGGAUCACCACACCCGAUGAUGCUACUCUCGUUGACCAGCUAGUUUGCGAAGUGUACAGCCCAGCUUCUGACCUCUGGACUGCCUUCACGUCUCUGCGGGUUCCACAUGUGGGAGCAGGAAGUGCAGUUUUGGAGGGAAAGUUUUACGUACUAGGUGGAUACACCCAGGACGACUACAAAGACACUCCGACGGUCCAUCGUUACGACGCCGCCACACAGAUGUGGGAGAACAUGGGAAAGAUGCCAGGGCCAAAUAAUGACUUGCGGGCAUCUGUGCUCUGUUUGCCACAACAUUUGCGAAUGUAAGAUGUCAUAGAAUGUGUCCAUUGUUUGUGAGAUCUAAUGGUGCUAAAUCUUAACAUAAUGAUUGCAUGAUAUGAUCUAUUGUCAUCAUGUUUCAUGAAGACUAACAUGAAUACUAAAUUUUACAAUGUGAACUUUUUAGUCAGUCCCCAUAGAAGACGAAAACUGAUCUUGUUGGAUGUUGCUCCUAAAAUGGUCCUUUUUUUGUUCGUCACAAAACAAUAGUAUGAAAUAUGUUCAUCUAAUUGAAACAAUCCAGAAGGUUAUAAGUUGUCUGCAAAUAUGCAGGAUAAGAGCCAUGUGAAGUGUUGUUUUUUUCUUUUUUGUAGUUUGCGUUAUUCAUUUAUCGUAUCAGAACAUCUUUAUAGCAUGAUGUGAGGGCAUUUAUCUAAUAUGACUUACUAGUUGAAGCAUUCUAAUAUAGGUAAUUUAUGUCAAAGUUUUCUUUGAAGCUGUAAAUUUGAACUAUAUUUAUAAAUAUAUUUUUAUUGUUUUUGAUAGUUGCACUGUAUUCACAAAAUGUUCUAAUUAAGAUAGUUCAUGUUUUAUUUAGCAAUGUAAACAGCGUUUAAUCUCCUUGCUGCAAUGACAAACUAUCACCACAAGAGGGAGAUGUCUUCCUCUUUGCCGAUUUCAUGGUUCCUUCUGAUUGGUGGGAAGCUUAAAAACACAUUCAACAAUGAAAAUGGUGAAAACAAAAAGAUAAUGAGUUUAUUAGUGUAAGAACGAAUGAUACAUUUAUAUUUUCAUAAAGACUUUCUUGAAACUGAAAUAUCUUGCAUCCUAUGUCAUUUUUUUCUCAUUGCUGCUUAUAAUAAUAGCUAAUAUUAUCGUACAAUAUAUAAUAAUAUUAGCUUCACUCCCUUUACAAGUUGUUCCUAUGAAAUAAACCAAUUCAUUACAAACACUUAAUAUGACAUGAGCCUGAUUGCUCUCCAUUUUACAGCUCCAAUUCAAAUAAAACGGACUAAACAGGGAAGAGGAGAAACCCACUAAAGGUCAUGUGGCCGUUCAGGUUACCAAACACUGCUGUAGGUGAAAACUUGCCAGACUUUGUUCUUCAUCAAGAUGGCUCCUGCUGUGUGGGUGUUGUAGCCAUAAGUACUGAAGGUGAAGUAGUAAAAACCAUUGACUGGUGUUGUGAACAUCCCUAAAACAGGAGAUCCCAUAAUCAAUGUACUGCUUCUGCAUGCGUGACAAGUUAAAUGCUCCACUCGAUCCACCAACUGGAGCUGACUUAUGAGAUGCAUUUAGAUUGAUUCAUUUAAAUCAAAUAAAAUCUUUGUACCAACCAAAAACAUUCUCCUCCUUCACAUUGUUUGUUACUGCUGUCUGUCUUGACAGUUUGUCCACAGUCGUGUUGAGUCUGCCGUCUAUAGCGCGA